AGUUUUUCCAGUGAGAGUGUUUUUUACCCCAUCUCACCUUGAAUCAUUGUAUUUCCUAGGCUUUUGUGAUAGCACCCACUUUGAGAUUUUCUUUUGGGUUCUUGUACAGUGCCUGUCUAGUCUCUUUUGUGGACUUCCCUUCCUCUGCAGUCCCCUUAAAUACUGGUAUUUCUGAGUUUCUGUAGGUCUUACUUUUCUUUUCACUGGGUAGUCUCAUCUUGUCUCAUGCCUUGCAUCCAUAAGUUGAUGAUGUAGAUUUCUGUCUCCAGCUCGGAUCUCUUUCCCACUUGGAUAUCCAUAGGCAUCACAAUGUGUUCAAAACUGAGCUUACGUGUUUCUCUAAACCUUGUGUUCUCCUUGUGUUCCCCAGCCCAGGUCAGUGAAUGUGUACAUUCCUUGAGUCUUGCUUUCCUUCCCAGUUUAAUCAGUCAUCAAAUGUUAUUGAUGCUCAUGUUUGUAUUUUGCUCUAAUCCAUCUUUCUCCAUUUUCAUUGUUCACUACCCUAAUUCAGACCCUGCCCCCAACUGUUAUUACUGCCACCUCCUCCAGACCUGUAACAACCAUAUGAGAGAAAACAGAAAUGAGAGGAAUCUGGUUUAAAUUGCAGUACCAGGAAUUUAGAUUAGACAUAAAGAGUUUCCAGAAAACAAAGUACCAGAUAUUGAAUGAAGUGUGUUAAGUCAGCAAACAAAGAAAACAUGGUAUUUUGAAGUAUGAUUAAACUCCUGAUGCUGCAGAAGAGGCUAAGAAUAUUAAUGGCCAGAUCUAGUGCUCACAUGGUCUUCUGAAGAAGCCAUGGGUAGCUGUUGUAGCUGUCCAGAUAAAGACACUGUCCCAGAUAACCAUCGGAACAAGUUUAAGGUCAUUAAUGUGGAUGAUGAUGGGAAUGAGUUAGGUUCUGGCAUAAUGGAACUGACAGACACAGAACUGAUUUUAUACACUCGGAAACGUGACUCGGUAAAAUGGCACUACCUCUGCCUGCGGCGCUAUGGCUAUGAUUCAAAUCUCUUUUCUUUCGAAAGUGGCCGAAGGUGUCAGACUGGACAAGGAAUCUUUGCCUUUAAGUGUGCCCGUGCAGAAGAAUUAUUUAACAUGUUGCAAGAAAUUAUGCAAAAUAAUAGUAUAAAUGUGGUGGAAGAGCCAGUUGUAGAAAGGAAUAAUCAUCAGACAGAAUUGGAAGUCCCCAGAACACCUCGAACACCUACAACUCCAGGGUUUGCUGCUCAGAAUUUACCGAAUGGAUAUCCCCGAUAUCCCUCAUUCGGAGAUGCUUCCUCCCAUCCGUCAAGCAGACAUCCUUCCGUGGGGAGUGCACGGCUGCCUUCCGUGGGUGAAGAAUCUACACAUCCUUUGCUUGUGGCCGAGGAGCAAGUACAUACCUAUGUCAACACUACAGGCGUGCAAGAAGAGCGGAAAAACCGCACAAGUGUGCAUGUCCCGUUGGAGGCGAGGAUUUCGAAUGCUGAAAGCAACACACCAAAAGAAGAACCAAGUCGUGUUGAGGACAGGGACCCUCAGAUUCUUCUUGAACCCGAAGGAGUCAAAUUUGUCUUAGGACCAACCCCUGUUCAAAAGCAGUUAAUGGAAAAAGAGAAACUGGAGCAACUUGGAAGAGACCAAGUCAGUGGAAGUGGUGCCAAUAGCACAGAAUGGGACACUGGAUAUGACAGUGACGAGCGAAGAGAUGCGCCCUCUGUUAACAAGCUGGUGUAUGAAAAUAUAAAUGGGUUAUCUAUCCCUAGUGCCUCAGGGGUCAGGAGAGGUCGUCUGACAUCCAGCAGUACCUCAGAUACCCAGAAUAUCAACAACUCAGCUCAGAGAAGAACUGCAUUAUUAAACUAUGAAAAUUUACCAUCUUUGCCUCCUGUUUGGGAAGCCCGCAAGCUUAGUAGGGAUGAAGAUGACAAUUUAGGACCAAAGACCCCAUCUCUAAAUGGCUACCAUAAUAAUCUAGAUCCAAUGCAUAACUAUGUAAAUACAGAGAAUGUAACAGUGCCGGCAAGUGCUCACAAAAUAGAAUAUUCGAGGCGUCGGGACUGUACGCCGACAGUCUUUAACUUUGAUAUCAGACGCCCCAGUUUAGAACACAGGCAGCUCAAUUACAUACAGGUGGACUUGGAAGGUGGCAGUGACUCUGACAACCCUCAGACUCCAAAAACGCCUACCACUCCCCUUCCGCAAACCCCUACCAGGCGCACAGAGCUGUAUGCUGUGAUAGACAUCGAGAGAACUGCUGCUAUGUCAAAUUUGCAGAAAGCGUUGCCGCGAGAUGAUGGUACAUCUAGGAAGACUAGACAUAAUAGUACUGACCUGCCCAUGUGAGCCUGGAAGGCGGUACAUUGUUUGCACCUUUGUGAAGUUUUAACCAAUGAAGAUGCAACUGCUUCAUUGUCAUUUCUAAACACUAACUCCUUUUAUAGACUGAUAAGAUUUUUUUUUUUCUGAAUAUUUCCUGUGCUUCUUUAACUAAAGGGAAUUAAUGUAGAGCAGGUACUCAUUAAAGAACACUAAUUUCAGUAUGUACUACUCAUUACUGUACAGCAGCAUUCCCAUUUUCACAGUGCCUAUUUAAAAUGAGAGUUGAAGAGAGUGACAUGCUGGUCGAUUUUAUCAGUAGUCUGGACUUACGCAUAUCAUUCAUGUCUAAGUCAUGGUUGGCAUUUAAAACAUUUUAUAAAGCCUCUUGAUAACGUGCAUUGCUAACAGAUAACUCUAGGCGUUGAAAGUACUAUUUGUAGAUUCACUAUUCAUGGUAUAUGGCCUCCAGCAUGUAACAUGAGGAAUCCUGUAUUUCAUUAAUUGUAGGCUUUUUGACUUGAGCCAAAACAUGUAAAGGAAAUAGAAGUACCACACCUCCUUAUAUACCAGUCAGUUCCUUUGCCUUCUGCAUUACUAGGAAGAGUCAUGCUCCUGGGAAUAUGGUUUGCUCUUGGUGUGUUGAAAGGCAGGAAGGAGACAAGAUUUUCUGUUUACUCAUCUCAUGAUGUCAUUUGAAGGGCAUGCCCAGAUAUCUUAAUCAGAAUUACACUAGACUCAAAAAAUCAGUCUCAGGUCACUUUACCCAAAAACAUUUGGAAAUCUGAACCACAAUCUCCUGCGAGUUUCUCUCCUGUAGAUUAUGAACAGUGACAUUGUUUUCUGGAGGCAUUUGUGCCAUUAGGUUGCCAUUUACCUUCAGUUUUUCCUUUGGUGUCCGGGAUGUCUUAUUUUGUUGCUUAAUGUCUUUUUUUCCAUUUAAAAUGUUCAAGUUUGUAUAUAGUUUUGAAAUUGGAUUAUGUGUUCUUUGUCGUUUCGUUUGCAUUUUUGUCAAAUUGUGGUUUUGAAGGUUCAUUUGGAACUUACUGUUAUUCUAUAACAGGGUUGCCCUUGUCCAGUAUUUAUUUAUAUGCUGUUUACUUUUCAAGUUGAUGAAAACAUUCGCUCAAUUUGAAACUUCACUUGUGUCCAUAGGUGAUCUCUUUAACAGCCGAGGAAAAAAAGGAAGCUACUUUUAACACGCAAAGUUCCCUAAAGGUACUGUGUUCUCUCUGUGGGCACCCUCCCCAGCACUUUAGCAGUGAUUCCCUCGUCACGCGGCUGCAAUUAUAUUUUGCCCACAGUAGUGCUCCUCAGCUCUGUUCUCCUUUCACUCGUGGCUGGAGCUUCGGUUAUCCCUUGAUUCCAUUAGAAUGUUAGGAGUGUUGCCAGCAUAGCAGGUACAGUGGAAGUCUUAGAGCAAUGAGAUUGUGUCAUAAUUUAGGAUUUAGAAUGAAUUGAAGUUUAUAUAAACUGAAGAGAGUCCAUAAGUCCUUAACUCUUGGAAAAUCAAGAGUGUUCGUUUUUCAAACGCUAGAGAAGACAAGGGAUGGUACAGUAGAAAGGCUAGGUUCCUGUUUUCUCUAGAUAUGAGGAAGUUUGAGAUCAUGAUUUGGAUCUUCUGCCAGAUGUAACUAAGGUUUCAGUCAUAGAGCACCCAACCUGAUGAGUAAAUAAUUAUAGGACAGUGGAUGGAUUAGCAGAAUAAUAGAGUGGGACCAUUAUAAAGAAAAUAAAUUAUUAAAGGUAUCUUUAUUAUUUUCAGUGCCAUUGGUUUAUGUGCAUAGCAGAAUUUUCUUUCUUCUUCUUCUUUUUUUUUCCUGUGUACUUGGUGCUUAAUAAAGUGUUUCCUGUUCUCUAGAAAGAGAGCAGUGGUAUAGGUGUGCAGUUUCCAUUUUAAUACAUUGUUCCAUUUAUGCUUUCUUCUGAGUAGAUUGCUAAUUGUGCCAAAUUUAUAUGAUGGUUUUUGUAAUGUGGAAUAAGAAUUAUGAUGGAACCAGUACAUGUGGUUUUCUCCAAAACAAGCAGUCAAGACAGAACCUCCAAAUGAAAGGGCUGACCUAUUGAUUCAUUUUGGAGGUUGGAUACUUUAUUUUCUUUCUUUUCCUCAUUAUUUUCAUUUUCCUUCCAGAGUCUAAUUAGUUUUUAUGUAUUUUAGGUAGCUCCAAUAUAAUCAUUGCAGGUUAUGCUUUAAAUACUGUGUGCUUUAAAUGAAAAUGGGACCAAUUUGUCUGCUAAGAAUUUGAUUUUAGGUACUAUGUGUAUUAGGAAGAUGUAUACAACUGGUGUUUAUUUCUAGAUGUCUCUGGAAAUCACCUGUGUUCCUAUUUAAUAAAAAGUAAUGUAGAACACUACUUGUCCUUUGCAGUAGUCUAGUCAUGGGCAUUAGGCUCUGUCCUGGAAGAAUGUACCUGUUACUAGGUGCAUUUUAGAAUGAGAUAUUUUAUUGGGAUAUAAUUGUGGCCAUAUGUUUCAGAUUUUCUGAGACAGACCUAAUUAUAGAUAUUCUGUUCCCCUUGGUAGACCAUGGGAUCCCACUUUUUGGUUUUGGAAAUAGAAUCAUCAUUCAUAUGCUUUCCCUCCAAUAGAGUCCUCUUUUAUCCAUACAGGUGAUAACAGCUUUUUAUCCCAGAUCAGAGGUUGGAAACUGAUAUGGGUAUUACCUGUGUUUUUUCGUCACGUCUUUUGCUUCCCAGUUUCAUCUUCCUUUAAAAAUGAAAAUAUGGUGCCUUCCCUCCCUCCAGGAAGAUUGGCAAAUAGUUCCUUUUAUUUACUGCUACUGUGGAGUGAUGAGAUAUGCACUUUACUCUUGAAGACUCAGCAAAAAGCUUUUCACUUCCCAGUAUAUCCAGAAUAGAUCACAUUUGGGACUUAUGAAAAUUUGCCAAGCAAUCUUUGUUUUUUAUAGAUACUAAUGUUGACCCCACAGUUCAAUGUUAUAAGUCAAGCUAGUCUUUGUUUAUUCCUCCCCUCCUCAAAAAAAUCUGUGGCACAACAUAUAAAAAUGUACCUCAAUAAUGUUCUAUUAAAAAUGGGACAGGGGCCUUAUGUUUUCAUAAUUUCCCAGUAAUGUGCCACCAUAUUUUUGCCUCAAGGUAAAGGUUUUAACAAGCUAAAAAGUACUUCCCAGUCCCCGCUGUGCUGUUCCUAACCCAUAAUGCCCAAGUGUUUUGUGCAAUGUGUAGUGUGUGUGUAUAAAUAUAUAUAUGUAUAUGUAUAUGUAUAUGUAUAUACAUAUAUAUGUAUAUAUAUCCUUGAAAUAGACAUACCAUCAGAGACAACAUUCAGAAGUAACUGAUGUAUUGGCAUCUUGUUCAUAUUUCUGAUAUUGAGGUAUACGGUACUAAUUACCUUUUCCCUGAUGUUUGCCAAAUUUGAAUAAAGGCAUUGGUACAAAAUUACAGAAUGUAUAGAAAAUGUUUUUGGCUUGAAAAACUAACAGAUAUUUUAUGACAUACCACAGUAUACUCUGCCCAAACCAGCACCCUAUCUAUCCUGUUCUUUACAUCCCUAUUCCCCAUUCCUACUUCCUCAUUUUUUGGUAUAACACAAUUCUUUUGUAGCAUCAAUACAAUUAUAAUUCUAUGACAAUUGGACAAUAGUAGCAUGGAAAUGGACUGGUAUUAAUAGUACAGUAGUCACCGGUGUGCCACAUUUGCAUUAGUAAAUGCAAAAUAUACAUUUUAUAAAGAAAAAAUUUUGUGUUAAGUUUUUUAUUUUCAUUACAUUGUAUAAUACUGUAAGAUUAUUGUAUGUCCUAAUUUGCAUUAUAAAUGUUUUUUUCCUACGUAAAGGCAUAAAUAUAGCAACUUUGUAUAAAGGUAGCUUGUUAGAUUUUUAAUUUUUUCUUUUAUAAAAAUUGUCUAACAGUGGGACUACCAUUGCCAAAUUGUAUAUGAAAUAGGAAUUUUAUCCCCUAUGGUUAAUUUCUUUUAUAAACAUUCCAUAUUUCUCUAAUAAAAGACAUAAGUGAUACUGUACUAUGCAUAAAUUGUAUAUUAAUGCUGUUUCAUAUCAGCAUUUUAAAUUUUGGUUUGCAUUUUUAAUAUUGGCAAAAUUUACCACUGUUUAUUAAACCUUGUUGUAUAUGUAACAACAUCUUUUGCCCUCUAUCCCUUCCCACCCUUUGUUCUCUGUUUCUCCCUAUCAGUGCCAACUUCAUACAUUUUGUAGCAUGGCAAUAAAAUAUAACUUUUACACUGAGGCCAAGUGUGGCUUUUUGGAGGAUGUGGAGCUGGGAGGAUUGCCCUCUAGUCGUUCUUUGCAUAUGACUUUUUGCCAUAUAAACCAUAUCUCCAGGCAUGAGAAAUUAUCUCAUAUAUGAUGUAAACAUGCUUUUAAGGACAAGUGUGAAUGUGCUUUUAAGCUUAAUUUCUGUCAUAACAAAUAAGAACUAAUUUUUUUAUCUUUGGAAAAGUCACAGUUCUUGGAGUACAAUCAAACCUUUAUUAACUGGAGUACUUAAAGAAUAAGCUAAUAAUUGAAUUUAGUUCAACAAGGGCUAAGCAACACAUUUUUUAAAAUCCUUAUUUAUUGUAGAGUAUUAGUAUACUGUCCUAAAAAUUAUAUGUAAAAUAUGGUUUAAUCUUAGAUGAUUUAGAAUCUUGCAAUGCCUUACUGUUGUCAUUCUGGCAUAAAUUUCCAUAAUGAGGUACUCAAGUUGAUACUGGAAUCUGAGCUGACUAUACACUGACCUUAAGCAUUCAUGAAAAACUGCUUUGUUGAAUAAAAUCUGAUUGGAGUUCUUAUGGUUACUUUCCCCUUCUUGCCGAAAGUAGAUUGCAAUAAAACCCCAAUAAAAGUUUGGUUGGAUACCUA